UUCAAACCCAUCGUGCAUUUACUGACUGGAUUUUAAGAAUUCGUUUGUGAUAAUCGAGUCAAGAAAGUUCAAAUUACCUGCUUAAAUUUCGUUUUCCCAUCCAGAAAAUACUUUUAACGUGUGCAUAAAUGGCUGAUGGAAAGAGUCCUGAUGAUCUCGCAACUGCGAUUCUUAAGCGCAAGGACAGACCAAAUCGUUUGUUGGUUGGCGAAGCCUUGAACGAUGACAACUCUGUCGUUUGCUUGUCUCAGGCAAAAAUGGAUGAGCUCCAAUUGUUCCGCGGCGAUACCGUAUUGUUGAAAGGCAAGCGUCGCAAGGAAACUGUGUGCAUCGUUUUGUCCGAAGAAAACUGCCCUGACGACAAAAUCCUCAUGAAUCGUGUAGUUCGUAAUAAUUUGCGCGUUCGUUUGUCGGAUGUUAUCGCAAUUCAAGCAUGUCCCGACAUCAAAUAUGGCAAACGCAUUCAUAUUCUUCCCAUUGACGAUACUGUCGAGGGUCUCACAGGAAACUUGUUCGAUGUUUACUUGAAGCCCUAUUUCUUGGAGGCUUAUCGCCCAAUUCAUAAAGACGACGUUUUCAUCGCUCGCGGAGGUAUGAGAGCUGUUGAGUUCAAAGUUGUCGGAUGUGAACCCGAACCAUAUUGCAUUGUUGCUCCUGAUACGGUCAUUCAUUGCGAAGGAGAUCCAAUUAAGCGUGAAGAGGAAGAGGAAGCCUUGAAUGCGAUUGGAUACGACGACAUUGGCGGAUGUCGCAAACAACUUGCCCAAAUUAAGGAAAUGGUUGAAUUGCCAUUGCGUCAUCCAUCGCUUUUCCGUGCGAUUGGCGUCAAGCCUCCUCGUGGCAUUUUGAUGUACGGUCCUCCCGGCACAGGAAAAACUUUGAUUGCUCGAGCUGUUGCCAACGAAACCGGCGCUUUCUUUUUCCUCAUCAACGGACCCGAAAUCAUGUCAAAGUUGGCAGGCGAAUCUGAAUCGAAUUUGCGUAAAGCUUUCGAAGAAGCAGAAAAGAACUCGCCAGCAAUUAUCUUCAUUGAUGAACUUGAUGCGAUUGCACCGAAACGUGAAAAAACGCAUGGCGAAGUCGAACGUCGUAUCGUUUCACAAUUGCUCACGUUGAUGGAUGGCAUGAAGAAGAGUUCUCAUGUCAUUGUAAUGGCAGCAACGAAUCGCCCGAAUUCAAUUGAUCCCGCAUUGCGUCGUUUUGGUCGCUUCGAUCGUGAAAUCGACAUUGGAAUUCCUGAUGCUACAGGCCGUUUGGAAAUUUUGCGCAUCCAUACGAAGAACAUGCGUUUGGGAGACGAUGUCGAUAUGGAACAAAUUGCUGCGGAGUCUCAUGGGCAUGUUGGUGCUGAUUUGGCUUCUUUGUGCUCGGAAGCUGCUUUGCAACAAAUUCGUGAAAAGAUGGAUUUGAUCGAUUUGGAAGACGAUCAAAUCGAUGCAGAAGUCUUGAACUCUCUUGCUGUCUCGAUGGAAAACUUCCGUUAUGCCAUGACGAAGAGCACGCCAUCCGCAUUGCGUGAAACUGUCGUCGAAGUCCCCAAUACUACAUGGCACGAUAUCGGAGGUUUGGAGAAUGUUAAACGAGAGUUGCAAGAACUCGUUCAAUAUCCGGUCGAGCAUCCUGAUAAAUUCUUGAAAUUCGGUAUGCAACCAUCGCGUGGCGUUUUGUUCUACGGACCUCCGGGUUGCGGUAAAACUUUGCUCGCAAAGGCCAUUGCGAACGAAUGUCAAGCCAAUUUCAUCAGUGUUAAAGGUCCUGAAUUGCUAACCAUGUGGUUUGGUGAAUCCGAAGCUAAUGUUCGUGACAUUUUCGAUAAGGCUCGUAGUGCAUCGCCUUGCGUUUUGUUCUUCGACGAGUUGGAUUCCAUUGCGAAAUCUCGCGGCGGAAAUGUUGGAGAUGCUGGCGGUGCAGCGGAUCGUGUCAUCAAUCAAAUUCUCACAGAAAUGGAUGGCAUGGGCUCGAAGAAGAACGUUUUCAUUAUUGGAGCAACGAAUCGCCCGGAUAUCAUUGAUCCUGCAAUUUUGCGUCCUGGGCGUCUCGAUCAACUUAUCUAUAUUCCAUUGCCGGAUGAGAAAUCGCGUGAGGCUAUUUUGAAAUCGAACUUGCGCAAAUCGCCCAUUGCGAAGGAAGUCGACUUGAACUACUUGGCGAAGGUAACACAGGGAUUCUCUGGCGCCGAUUUGACAGAAAUUUGCCAACGUGCAUGCAAAUUGGCGAUCCGACAAGCAAUCGAGACUGAGAUUCGUCGUGAACGCGAAAGAGCUGACAAACCAUCGUCUGCAAUGGAUACUGAUGAAGAUCCCGUGCCCGAAAUUACCCGUGCUCACUUUGAGGAAGCAAUGAAAUUCGCUCGUCGUUCCGUUAGUGAUAAUGACAUUCGUAAAUACGAGAUGUUUGCACAAACAUUGCAACAAAGUCGUGGUUUCGGAACAAACUUCAGAUUCCCUGGCGGACAAAAUGCUGGAGGACAAGGUCAAGACGGCGGUCAAGGCGGAAAUCGCCCCGUUGACAACGACGAUGAUCUUUACAGUUAAAUGCGAUGCGAUAUGCGAGAAUGCUGCAAGAGAACAGUUUGAAAUUUUUUGUAUCACAUCGUACUAAAAUCAACAUUUUUUUAUAAUAAUUAAUUAUUACCUAUAGCAAAUAG